UGAGUAAAUGGAAAGAUCAAGUGAAACAUUAAAUUUCAGUGAUCUGAAGAUCAAAUUUCAAUUUGACAAAAAACUCUGGAAGAACAUAGAACAAGAGCAAUUCUAACUCAAGCAAUAUAUACCAUAAAUACCUGCAAAACCUGAACUAUAAUUCAAAUUGUGAUAAUUGAGUUGUGAUAAUAAACAAGUGCUAACAAAAAGUAAAAUUUAAUUAAAGCUAAGCGUGCACCAUAUUCCAAACUUUUCAACUAAUUAAAGUUUAUAUCGAAAAAACAAACAAACUAAAGCAAAAUGCCUGAGCUCAUCGAACAAAACAAAAUUAUCUCCGCCAAUGGCUUUGGUCUGCCCCAGCAGCAGCGUCAGCGCCAGGACAGCUGCGGCCUUUAUAGCCACAUCCGUGGCAUUCCCACCUCGUACGGCGAUGUCAACUCCCUGACUGCUGGCGUGCGCAGCUUUGUGGAGGAGGCCGUCUCGCUCUGCCAGCCCGACCAGGUGCACAUCUGCGAUGGCUCCGAGCAGGAGAACAAGAUGCUCAUCAAGGUGCUGCUCGAGUCCGGCACCAUUGUCGCCCUGCCCAAGUACGACAACUGCUGGCUGGCCCGCACCAAUCCCGCCGAUGUGGCGCGCGUGGAGUCGAAGACCUUCAUCUGCACCGAGGAGCGCGAGGAGACCAUUCCCACGCCCCAGGCCGGCGUCAAGGGCACUCUGGGCAACUGGAUCUCGCCCAUGGACAUGGAGGCUGCCAUCCAGCAGCGCUUCCCCGGCUGCAUGAAGGGACGCACCAUGUAUGUGGUGCCCUUCAGCAUGGGCCCAGUCGGCUCACCGCUCUCCAAGAUCGGCAUCGAGAUCACCGACUCCGCCUACGUCGUCGCUUCCAUGCGCAUUAUGACCCGCAUGGGCGCCGCCGUACUGCAGCAGCUGCAGAAGAAGGAGGAGUUCGUGCGUGCUCUGCACUCCGUCGGCACCCCAGCCAACGGACAGCUGGAGCAGGCUUCCUGGCCCUGCGAUCCCGAGCGCACCAUCAUCCUGCACAAGCCCGCCGAGAAUCUGAUUGUCUCCUACGGCUCUGGCUAUGGCGGCAACUCGCUGCUGGGCAAGAAGUGCUUUGCUCUGCGCAUUGGCAGCACCAUUGCCAAGCGGGAGGGCUGGCUGGCGGAGCACAUGCUCAUUCUGGGCAUCACCGAUCCGAAGGGCGUGAAGAAGUACAUCACUGCCGCCUUCCCCUCGGCCUGCGGCAAGACCAAUCUGGCCAUGUUGAACCCCUCGCUGGCCAACUACAAGGUGGAGUGCGUGGGCGAUGACAUUGCCUGGAUGAAGUUCGACUCCAAGGGCGUGCUGCGUGCCAUCAAUCCCGAGAAUGGCUUCUUUGGCGUUGCCCCCGGCACCUCCAUGGAGACCAAUCCCAUUGCCAUGAACACUGUGUUCAAGGACACCAUCUUCACCAACGUGGCUUCCACCUCCGAUGGCGGCGUCUACUGGGAGGGCAUGGAGAGCAGCCUGGCUCCCAAUGUGCAGAUCACCGACUGGCUGGGCAAGCCCUGGUCCAAGGACUCUGGCAAGCCAGCAGCUCAUCCCAACUCCCGCUUCUGCACCCCUGCCGCCCAGUGCCCCAUCAUUGAUGGCGCCUGGGAGGAUCCAGCUGGCGUGCCCAUCUCCGCCAUGCUCUUCGGCGGUCGUCGUCCAGCGGGCGUGCCACUGAUCUACGAGGCUCGCGACUGGACUCAUGGCGUCUUCAUUGGCGCCGCCAUGCGCAGUGAGUCCACCGCUGCGGCGGAGCACAAGGGCAAGAUGAUCAUGCACGAUCCCUUCGCCAUGCGUCCCUUCUUCGGCUACAACUUUGGCGACUAUGUUGCCCACUGGCUGAGCAUGGAGAAGCGUGGCCAGGUGCCCAAGAUCUUCCACGUCAACUGGUUCCGCAAGAGCGACGAGGGCAAGUUCAUGUGGCCCGGAUACGGCGAGAACUCGCGUGUGCUCGACUGGAUUCUGCGCCGCGUCAAUGGCGAGGUCUGCUUUGCCGACUCGGCCAUUGGUCGCAUUCCUGCUGCUGGCGCUCUCAAUGUCGCCGGCAUGAAGGAGCAGAUCGAUCUGCAGCAGCUGUUCUCGCUGCCCAAGGAGUUCUGGACACAGGAGGUCAAGGACAUUCGCAACUACUUUGAGUCGCAGGUGGGCGCCGAUCUGCCCGAUAGCAUCUACGCUGAGCUGGACAAGCUGAGCGCUCGCGUUGCCGACUUGUAAGCCCAGCCGAGUGAAUUUAUCACAAAUCCUCAAGUGCAGCGAGCACUUGACAUCUUUACCCGCCUUUACACCUAAGCCCAUGC